AGCCUCCGGUGGCUUCGGAUCGACGAUCGACGGUACUUACUGUAGUUGUGACGGUUCCUCUUAAAAAAAAGUGCGUUCUGGUAGUGUGAUUAGAACUGGAGUUAAUUUUUUUCAUGGUGCUUAACCCCAAGCACGCCAUCACAUAAUUAUCAGCAGACGAUCGUGACAGUGGAGGUCUUGUGGAAUAAUUAAACGGAACACCUAAGAGAGGAAACUUAGAUUAGAAUCACAAUCAUAAGAGAGUGGCUGAAAUGUCCCGCCGUUCCAAUCUGCUGCCGGUGGCAACCGUAAUCAGCUGCCUGUUGGUCACGGUCACGCACGGAAAUUCACCCUUUACGAGCCAUCGACGAACUUCCAGCAAUUUCACCGGUCAUGGUUCCUUCUCACCGGCAUCCUCUUCUUAUUCGUCGGCGUCAUCGUCCUCCCACACGGUUCUGGCCAACCCAUAUGUGGCACCCGGUGGACUGAUGGCACUCGGGGGGUCUCCCGGUCAGCAGAGGGCUGCAGCCAAGGAAGAUUUCGCCACCAGCCUCGGCAAGGAUGCGUUCGAUGUGAUCUACCAGUGGAAAAUCAUCGACUUCCUGUAUCCGAGCUUACAGGCCCGUAACAACGCCAUCCGGACCAAGGCUUUCAUUCCGGAGAACAAUCUUCCACUGGGUGUGGAUCGCUUCCGAAACCGCAUCUUCAUCACCACUCCCCGAUGGAAUCCAGGUGUACCCGCAACUCUCUCCUAUCUGCCGCUUCCAGUCCAGGACCCCAGCCUACCUCUAAUCCCUUAUCCAGACUGGAGUUUCCACACCACCCCUCAGAACCCGGACUGUAGCAAGCUGGUGUCCGUUUAUCGAAUCUUCGUGGACGACUGUGAACGGCUUUGGGUUGUGGACGCCGGAGUCAUCGAUACCCUCACCAACCUGCAGCAGAUCUGUCCACCCAAAAUCGUGGCCUUCAAUCUGGAAACGGACGAGCAACUGUUCUCCUACGAACUGCCCCCGGAACAGGUCAAACAGGACUCGCUACACACCAACAUUGUGGUGGACAUCCGCGACGGCCAGUGUGCCGAUGCCUUCGCCUAUGUGGCCGAUGUUUGGCGCUACGGAAUCACCGUGUUCAGCCUGCGGGAGUUCAAGAGCUGGCGCACUACCAACUACCUCUAUAAUCCGAAUCCACUUGCGAGCGACUACAACUACAAGGAGCUGAACUUCCAGUGGUCCGAUGGAGUUUUCGGGAUGUCCCUGUCGCCGGUUCAUCGAAACGGAGAUCGAAUGGUGUUCUACCAUCCCAUGUCCAGUUUUAUGGAAUUCCAAGUUCCAGCUUCAGUGCUCCAAAACGAAACCAUCUGGCAAGGAUUUGGGCUGGCCAAGGCAUUCCAACCGGUCGGAAGUCGAGGCAAGGCAGGUCAAUCUUCCACUUCCGGAGUGGCUCGUAACAACGUUCAGUUCUUCACCCUGGUCCAGCAAAGUGGUGUCGGAUGCUGGGAUCUGGCCAAGCCAUACAACCGCUUCAAUCUGGGAGUGCUGGAGAAGGACCAGGAAAAGCUGACCUUCCCCAACGACCUGAAGGUGGACAAGGAACCGAAACAGUCCAUCUGGGUUAUCAGCAACAAGCUGCCGGUGUUCCUGUACUCGCAGCUGGACUACUCGGAGGUCAACUUCCGGGUGCUGAAUACGGAUGUGGCGGCCGCGAUCAAGAAUACGGUUUGCGAGCCACGAUCCCCACCGAAUCUGGCCUUCAACCGGGAUCCGGAACAGUGUGAACCGUGAUGGUAGUUUUGUAGAUUGUUGUCCGUUGAAUGUUUCCUUAAUAAUUGUGUAUUAAUUGCAAUAGAUAGGUAGGUAAGUGUUUUUAAACCGAUAUACUCAAUAAACUGAGCCACCCGUGAUUAUUAUGUACUUAGUAUUAUGGUCUAAAAAAUGAAAAAAAUAAAA